GCGUCGGGACACAGAAGCAGACGGGAAUCGGUGUUAUUAACGGCUUUCUCGCGCGUCCGUUAGUCUGGCCUUUCUUCUGCUGAGCAGUGUCCGGAUCCAUGAUGGAGGACGCGCUGGAGUGCGGAUGGGUGUCGGUGCGCCCCAACGCCUUCGAGGAGAAACACAAGCACAAGUUCGUCUUCAUCGUAGCCUGGAACGAGAUCGAGGGCAAGCUCGCCGUCACGUGCCACGACCGGACCGUGCAGCGGCGCGGAGGGAGCGCGGAGCCGGACUCCAGCUGGGCCGGGCUCUUCUCGUUCCAGGAGCUGCGCGCCGCUCACCUGCAGCUGUGCGCCGUCAACUCGGACCUGGAGCCGUGCCUGCCCGCCCUCCCCGAGGAGCAGACGGUGUGGACGGUGCUGUUCGGCGCGCCGGGUCUGAGCGCGCGAGACGCGGACUCGCUCUGCUUCCAGCUGCAGGUGUACCUGGGGCACGCGCUGGACACCUGCGGGUGGAGGAUCCUGUCCCAGGUGCUGUUCCCCGACAGCGACGACUCCGAGGAGUACUACGAGAGUCUGAGCGAGCUGCGGCAGAAGGGCUACGAGGACGCGCUCCAGAGAGCCAAGACAAACCUGCAGCAGCUGCUGGAGAAGCAGCGCGGCGUGGAGCGGAUGGUGGAGCUGCUGCAGCUAUAUGCGGAGCAGGACGAGGCGUAUGGAGUUCUGGUGGAGGCCACGACUGAGCUCUACCACUAUCUGCUGCAGCCCUUCAGAGACAUGCGCGAGUUAGCCAUGCUGCGCAGACAGCAGAUCAAGAUCUCUCUGGAGACGGAGCGUCUGGGGCCGCGGCGCGUCGAAUCUCUGCGCAGGGAGGAUGAGGACUGGCAGAGGAAGGCUCACACUGCUGUGCUCUCCAUACAGGACCUGACCGUCAAAUACUUCGAGACCACGGCUCGCGCUCAGAAAGGUGAGACCGCCAAACUGAGGCAGACUCAAGAAGAACCGAUGCUUCAAGAAAGCUCCUGCAAAGCUCCUGAGAAACUCUGCUCAAGUGCACCGAGAGCAAAAGCUGCUUUAAACACAAAGAACAGCAUUAAGCGUGUCAUCACUAGCGCUGCAUCACAGGGUUUCAGUGAACACGCUGUAGGUGUAAGUGCGCAGAUGUGUGUGUGUCACCUGUGGUCUGCGUGUGUGUGUCACCUGCGGUCUGUGUGUGUGUGUCUGCAGAUGCAGGGUCUGCAGGGGGGCGAGGAGGCCAUGGUGCGUCUGGACCAGCUGGAGGCCAUGUACUAUGAGCUCCAGCUGCAGCUCUACGAGAUCCAGUUCGAGAUCCUGAAGUACGAGGAGCUGCUGCUGACGGCGCAGCUGCAGAGUCUGCGCAGACAGAUGAGCGAGAGGCAGGAGGAGGUGGUUUACUACGACACCUACGAGAGUCCUGACGCCAUGAAGGCCACCGACGACCCCUCGACCCCUCUGACCCCCCCCAGAGAAGACAUGGCCAAACUCCAGCAGAGGACCAGACAGCUGGAGGCCCGCAGAGGACGCAUCACCGCCAAGAAAGCCUACCUCAAACACAAGAAGGAAAUCUGCAUCAUCAACCACACACAGAAGCUGCAGCAGCGGCAGGGCGGUCCGGAAGCUUUGCUGCAGGAUGAAGAGGAGGAAGAGGAGCAGCGGCUGUCCAGGGUCAGUCAGGAGAGACAGAGGACACUGGACCGACUGCGCAGCUUCAGACAGCGCUACCCGGGUCAGGUGACUCUGAAGUCCACUCGUCUGCGUCUGGCGUACUCCAGGAAGAGAGCGGGCGCCGAGCCGGAGCAGACGCAGACGCAGGCCGCUAGCGUGCAGACGGAUGACGCUCCGGCUGCACUGGAACAUUCGGCAGGAGUGCCAGAGCUGCGCCGGCCCGAGACCUUCCUGUCGCUGCCUCCGAUGGGCGGAGCCGUGGCCGAAGCCCCGCCCCCUGACGCACACGCAUCACUUCCUCCGGCCAGAGAGCUGCUGCUGCUGGACUCGUCCACCUCUCCUCCUCUUCCUCCUCCUCCUCCUCCUCCUCCUCCUCCCUCUCUGGAGGAGACGCCUGCAGACGCCAGCCCUGUUCGCUCUCCCCUCGGGCCGUUCACCGCACGCUUCUUCGACAGCAGCCAGCUGCUCAACGCCAGGAAGAAGCUGAGGAAGACGGCCUCGCUCGAGUCCAACCAGUGGAGGAGAGCGAGCUCGCCGAUGGAUGAGGUUCUGGCCAGUCUGAAGCGCGGAAGCUUCCACCUGCGGAAGGCCGAGCUGCGUGUUCUGGCGCCCGAUCCGGACGAGGACGACGACAACAACAUCCUAGCUCAGAUCCGUAAGGGAGUGCAGCUGCGUAAGGUGCGCAGACAGGAGCGCAGCUGCAGAGGAGUGACUGCGUCUGACCCGCUGACCCGCAGCAUCCACGAGGCCCUGCGCCGCAUCAAAGAGGCUUCACCCGAGUCUGAGUCCGAGUCUGAGGACGAGACGCCAGCCUGCGCCGACUGGGAGAGCUGAAGUGUGUGUGUGUGUGUGUGUUUACCUCACCGCAGAUCACUGAAACACUGGCCGCUCUGAGUGUUUAUUCCACUUACUACUCAUUCAUUUACUGUUAUUCUCUUCUUUUUGUCUUUGUGUAUGAUACGAGACGUU